CUGAACAUCGUUUUCUACUUUCGGUUUCUUACAGGUUACGAUGAAGCGUAUGAAAUGCUGUCAGUUUUAGAAAAACAUGAUUAUGAUAAUGCAAUGUCAUUAUACUGCAGCCUAUCACUUUUUCAACACAGUUUGAUUCUGUUAAUGUCUCUACUGCAAAGUCAUUGCGUUCUUGGAGUUUUACCUUACCCACAGUUUAAGAUAUAUGCUGGUCCUCGGGAGGACAGUUGCCAAAUGGGACAAUACUAUCAUGAGGAUGUAAACGGAAGUUGAAGGUGCAGAAAGUGUAUGUCCUAAAGUAUAUACGGAGCAUUUGCCGUGUUCCUAGAACACCAACAGGCAGAUGUUUUGGUGAACAGUGCCAAUCAAACUCUGCAGUUAAAGACUGGGCGGAUAUCGAACUCCAUGCUGACAGUCGCAGGGCCAAAACUGCAACAGGAAUGUACCAGACGAUAUCCAAAUGGAAUUGCUUUCGGAGAAGUUGCAGUGACCAAAGGAUAUGAUUUUGACGCAAAUCUUUCACUCGUGCCUUCAGCACGCUAACAUGGAUAAGAUGACUUCAAUUGCAUUUCCAACUUUGGGAUGUGGAUAUCUAAACUAUCCAACCGAGGCAGUGGCUGAAACCUUGUUCCAGUGUAUUUCAGUGUUUGAAUCGGACGAAAAGCUUAAACUAACGCUGCAAGAAGUGAUCAUUGUCGUUAUCCCCGGUCGUUCUGUCGACGACACUAAACAUUUGAAACAGGUGUUCGAGGCUGCACGGUUAAAAAUACUGGAGUUAUCAUCGGGAACAUGCCAAGGAAUAUUGGCUAAAGAUUUUACGUCAACUUGCGUCAGGCAACUGGCGCUAAAUUCAUGUGACAAAACUCUCCACUGCGGUCACAAGUGCGGUGGAUAUCGAUAUGAAAAGGAUUGCCCACCAUGCUUGAAGGUGGGGUGUAAGGCCACCGGAAAGCAAAACGAAAAUGAUACUUGUGUGAUUUGCUACACCGAUGAACUGUCUAACGCUCCAGUUAUUAUGAUCAAAUGUGGACACAUUUUCCAUUUGCACUGUGUUGAAAGAGUUCUUCAAAACAGAUGGGUCGGAGCAAGAAUAAACUUCAAAUUCAUGAACUGCCCUUUGUGCAAUGUUAAGAUUGACCAUCCAAAGCUGAAGGUUUUACUGGAGACGCUCUGUUCUUUAGAAGACAAGGUUAACAAAGCAGCUACGGCAAGGCUUGAAGAGGAUGGCCUUACCAAAUCCAAAGAAAUUACCAACCCUCGAGGACAGUAUUUCAACAACCCAGCCGGAUUUGCUACAUACAAAUUUAUCUUUUAUUCAUGUUACGCUUGCAAAAAGCCUUACUUUGCCGGUGAGGAUUCGAACGGCUGUGCAUCAGCUAUGGAGGACACUUUGGAAGAUACCAAUCUUAUUUGUUCUACUUGUCUUGCAAGGAAAGCUCCCAAGAUAGAAAAGGACAUACAGAACGAAGAAAACGUAGAAUCACAGAAGAAAAUCAAAUCAACAACGAAGAAAUGUCCACAUUGUAAAGUAAACAUAGAGAAAAAUGCUGGGUGUAAUCAGAUGACGUGCUUUGUGUGUGGAACAUCCUUUUGCUGGUUGUGUGAAACAAAAUGGAAAUCCAGUUGUAGAUCGCAUCAGUUUGAUAGAACUGAAUUUGCUCAAGAUCGUUUUUUGUACUUCGAAGAUUCGGAGAGUUCUGAUGAUGAUAUACGGGAUGUUAUGGAUGGACUCGUACGUCCACGUAGACGUCCUGUUCAACGUGGUUUCCGUUUUUAACAAAGGGUCAAGCGUCGAUUAGUUUCAACAGUAUUCAAUAAUAAAACAAAUAAUUCAUAUUUAAAACUUUCAUAAUGGAACAAUUGAAUGUCGAGGAACGUAUACGUUAAAAAAACGUUUUUACAUGAUGUCGACGUAUUAAGACUUAAAUGAUAACACGUUUAAAAAAAGCAGUUGUAUGCUUGACUAUACUGGAAUGUGUAGUAAUUUAUUUAUCAGUGUUUAUCGCGUCAUAUAUAUAUCACCUGAAGGUAUGUUUAAAAGUUUCAUGAAUUUCAUCGCAUAAACAUUAACAUACGAGUCCACUGCUCUCAUUACUACUUCGCCUUCCCAAUAAUUUAAUUUUGUUAAAAGGGUAGAUAAUCUUAUGUUUGUCCCCAUUUUGAUUUUCAAUGAACAUGUUAUUUUAUUGAUUGUUCGUUUUAUAAUGUGAAAUUCGAGGUUUACUUAUUCUAAUUUAUACCUUAUCAUUUUAUAGUGCGUUCAAAAGUUGAAGAUAUUUUUCGACAUACCGCUUCUAUACUGGCAGUGUUUAAUCAUAAGUUUUCAAUUGGUUUAUUGGGAAAUAUCAGUGAAAUAAAAAAUAAAUCAACGUUGUAAACAGUGAAAACAUAAAAAUGAUAUUUUUCACUGUUUUGAAAUUUAAGCCCGUUUUGCUAUCAAAAGCAAAUACCAGCGCGCACAAGGCUGGGAAACAAUAUCAACGACGUCAUUCCGAUAUUUCGUUUCGUACGAAUACAGUAUGGCGCGUUUUCUUCUAAUAGAAUGCAAUAUAGAAAUAAAAAAAAACAAUUAAGAGGCAUGUAAUAAAAAGAAAAAAAUACGCUACAGUUUCAUAUGUUACAUAACAAACUCAUUACGUCAUGCGAUACACAAUAUCUUUGUGUUUGUGGUGGCUUUAUUAAUGAAAACGAUAUGUGUGUAGAUUGAAUGGUUUAGUUAUUUGAUUACUCUCAAAAUAUAGUUAAACGGAUAUAAAAUAAAUGUUUUAAAAAGAAUGAGGUUAACGAUAAUCUUUUUGACGUUAUUUGCGAAUAACAUGAGCCACAUUUUCGAUGAUAUCGAAACAUGUGUAUCGCUUAUUUCAGCACAACUUAAGUUCAUGUGAUGUUUUGCAAUGUUUUGUAUAAUUUUUAAUGCAGAUUCUGAUAACAUUCUUUUAUGUGUACCACAUGACUGACACAAGCAGUUUAAUUUACGCAAAUUCUAAUGACGUACUUUUUGUUUGUUUGGUAUUCCAUUCGUAUAAAAUGUAACCAUGAUAACUCAGAGCUGCUAAUGAAUAUUCGGCUCCGCCUACUGUCUAAUGUUAUUCUUAUUACUGCUGAAGGCUUUUGUACAUAGCAGAGUUGUGUUUACUAUCAUGAGAUGUAUAUCGUUA